AUGGCCCGGCAAAUAGAUGCGGCGGCCAAUGGCCAGAAACAUGGGCAGAGACACAGUUGGAGGGAGCUGGGUUGGAUAUUUGUAACCUACUUAAAGGAUUACUGCGCCAAUUGUACUCUGGCCGGUUUCUCCUACAUUGCCAAUUCCAGGCUUCAUCCAACGGAGCGCAUCUUCUGGCUGAUUUGUGUCGUACUCUCGGCCAUGGGCUGUUACUAUCUGAUCGCCGACUACCAGCGCAGCUUUCCCAUACGGGCCGUUAGCAUUGUCUACGAGAGUUUGCCACCAUUUUCCAACUGGAAAUUUCCGACUGUCAGCGUGUGCGAAGUUGUCUACAAAUACGAUCUGGGACCCGAAGUGGAGGAUUACGUAAGAAGUUUGGGUGGCGACGUCGAUGGAGAUUAUAACUUCGAUGUGGAGACCCAUGUCUCGUUCAUUCUGUUUCCCCAUCAAUACCACGAAGGCACCAUCAAGUCGCAUUGUCAAACACCCGAAAACUGCGACGAAUGCGCUACCUGUCCUAAGUCGGACUACCGCCAGUUGUUGACCAGGUUUGGGGCCAACUGUUCAGAUGUGUUUAUACAGUGCAAACUUUCGCAUCGUGAGUUCGAUUGUUGUCAAUACUUUCUGCCCUUGAUCACGCCCUUCGGCCGUUGCUAUAUGCUCAAUUCGCUGCAGAACAACAUACGUGGCUCAGAGCACUGGCUGCCCAACAGCCUGGAGCCCGGCACAGAGACGGCCUUGAUGGAACUGCUCACCCAUCGUCCGGUGCAGGUGAAUCUGCUCAACGAGGAGGAUAUACCGCACACGGCCCUGGCUGCUGUUGGGGUGAGUGUCACGGAUCCGGGCCAGCACAAGACCUUCCAGUUUCACAUGGAGUUGAUGAAGAACGAUUUGGAUGUACACGAGAUAGAACCGAAGGCACGUAACUGCUACUUCCCCGAGGAGGUGUUGCCAUUCAGUGUGUACAAGGCCUAUAGCUUCAGUACCUGCAUCACCGAUUGCACGCGCCAGUUCCAGAUGAAGAUGUGCGGCUGUACUCCAUAUAUGAUGAAUCCCUUUGCUGAUCCGCGUUAUCCGGACUGCGAUCUGGCCGGAUUCAACUGUUUGGAAUCGCAUUUCAUGGUCAAACCGGACGCCAAGCUGCUGCUGGGGAAAAGUAAUGGCAAGACCAACUGCGAGUGCCUGCCAUCCUGCAACGAGGGCGAUAUCCGAGCUAUUUACGAGUCGGUGUCCGACUUUAAUCGGAGCAGCACUGCUCGGAAUAUAACGCUCUCCAUGCCGGCUCUGCCCACGGAUCGGUAUCGCCGGAUGGCACUUCGCACACGGUUAGACGUUGUGGUGUCCACGGGCGGUAUGCUGGGCCUCUUGCUUGGCGCCAGCAUCCUCAGUGGCAUCGAGUUUAUCUACUAUUUCACAGUGCGAGCGCUGAACAACGUGCUGCAGGCGCGCUCUCACCGUGCGUAAUUGGUCGCCUGCCAGGGGCCGAUUUAAAUUAUCUCGGCGAUGUUCCCAAAAGCAGAUACUCUGCCCAGAUGGAAAUACAGGCAGACAGAUAAAGACAGAGAUGGGGAAAAAUCUGGAAGAAAGCAGAGUCUGGAAUACACAUUCG